AUACUACUGUCUACUACUAACUAAUAUUUGCACGUUUGUUCCAUUGUAGUUUGACAGCUUUAGGCUAUUGCCAUAUAAAGUUACAUUUGCCAGGGUAUAUUAAUCUAGUUACUAUUACCACAUACGACUUCUACUACAACUACCUACUAUUGCUAGUAUAGACUAAUUACUACUAUAGAGUACUUUGGAACCUGUGACGAUCGAUGGCUUAGUAGUAAAUCGUCAUUAAAUUUGUUCCAGAAGGAUAGCAUGAUUGAAGACAAUGGUCCUGGUGAAGGAAUUACUGUUAAGUACUCAAAUAAGUGCAGUGAAGGUUAAUCAAGAUACUGUUUUUAUAGGUGAAGGGCAGUAUCUUCACAUUCACAGCCUUGCUACUGGUGAGAGGUUGGCUGAUAUUCGUGUUUUCCAAGCUGCUGCUAUUCAUGGUAUAAAGAUCAUAUCAUCAUUAGAUCGUUCUUCUAUUAUUUGGAGGACAUUAGUUUGGGGUCAGAAGAGCUUGGCAGUCAUUUGGUUCAAGCCAACAGAAAAUAAAUGCUUGGUACACACGAAGGAAAAACAAUUUGAAGAUUGGAUUGUGGAUGCUGAGUGGGAGGAUCUGACCCACAUCUUGGUAGCCACAGCUCACAAUGCCCUACUUCAUGUGAAAGUCAUUGAAGGACCUGCUGAGCACAUUCUUCCAGGGAGUGAAACUAAUAAACCUCUAGAUAAUAGUGCUUUGGGAUGCUUUGAAAUAAGAGGGAAAGAACAGUGUUCAGAAAAUUGCAUUCUUUAUUGUGGAUGUAUUGUAGUUGGGUCUGGUUUUUAUGAAAGUGCUGUUUUGUUAGCUGGAACUGUUUUCAGUCAAGUCUUAAUAUGGGGACCAUGGGGAGAAAAGGAUCAGCAUGGAAGACUUGUACCACUUCAUUGUCUCUCAGGACAUCAGGGAGUACUGUUUUCUAUCAACUUUUACCAAGAAGAAAAUGUCAUUACUACAACUUCAGAUGACAGAACUUUGAUAAUCUGGAAAAUUCACAAACAAGAUGAAAAUGUCUCCAAAGUUAAGAAGUACUGGAAUUGCUGUCAAAUUACAGAAGAGCACAAGUGUUAUGGGCAUGGGUCCAGGGUAUGGAAGUCACUGAUAUUACCGUUUUGCUAUAUAAGUGUUGGUGAAGAUUCCAAGGUUUGUGUGUGGAGCCAUGAUGGAGAAUUGAGGAUGUCUUGGCAAGGUCACGAUGGUGCUUGCAUUUGGAGCAUUGAUGCGUCAGAGGAUGGAACAAAAAUUGUUACAGGUGGUGGGGAUGGCAGUGUGAAGUCUUGGUGCCUUAAACAAGAGGGUUCCAAAAAUCCAGAGGUCAUGAUCGAGUUACCUUGGGUGAGUGUUAACACUGAAACAGAGGCUGACUCUUUCAGCAGGAGUUUUCAGAACAAAACAAAUGUGAGAGAGAUACAAAGUAGAACAGAAACCCAUGAUGUAAAGUGUGAAGAUGAUAUAAGCAUAAGUAAUAAUUUAUUUGAAUGUGAUUUAGAAGUCCAUAGUCAGGCAGCCACCAGUGUUCAUAGUUCUGUGGUAACAGAAGACUUUCCUAGAUGUGUUGCUCUUUUUGGAGUGGACACAUAUUUAGUCAUGCUGGAUAGUGGGAAAUUAUACAGCUGGAACUGUAAGGUAUCAGAGUGGUUCCUAGUAUAUGAGGAUCAAAGACUGAAAAACUAUGCAGUGAUGGAAUCCAGCCCAGAUCAGCAAGUGGUUGCUUUAGGAACAUUAUGUGGUCAUGUUGCUAUCUUGACUGCAGAUGUGUCUGAUCAUCACAUGAAGGUUGUUGCUGAUGAAAAGGUUGUUGAUGGCAAGGUAUUUGCCCUGCAUUGGUUGAAUUCAGAGCAGUUUCUUACAUGUGGAAGUAAUGGUCUUAUUGUGACGUGGAUGUUUGAUGUUUGUAAAGGAACAAUUAUAAAAGGGCAAACAUACACACUUCCUGUGUGUAAGCAGCGUUGGGUGUCAGCAGCAUGCUACUUCACAAUACAAAAUAGAAGUCAUCUCAUUUGUGGGGACCGAGCAGGAAGUAUUCAUCUUUAUUUUGAGAAUUCAUCAGAACCUCAGCACAGCCUCCGCAGCAUCCAUGGGAAGAAUGGAGUGACCAGCUUAAUCAAUUACCAAGGAUACAUUUAUAGCACAGGACGAGAUGGAUGCAUACGUUGCCUAACUGUGCAAGACUACAGGUUACAAGUACUAACAGUAACACGUGUUAGCAGUGCAAACUGGAUUGCCUCUUUGAUAAAUCUGCGUGGAAGGCUACUAGCUGUGUGUUUCCAUGAUGUCAAACUCAAGCUGUGGAGUUUAGAAGAAGAUCGGGCUAUCAUUGACAUCGAGUGUGGUGGUGGUCAUCGGUCUUGGGACUUGCAGUGUUCAGAAGAAAAUAAUAAACUUUCCUUCAUCUAUAUUAAAGAUGCAAAACCGUACACUUUCAGCACAACGCUGGAGGAUAAACUUAUGCCUCUUAUCAAGACUCCUGUUAAUACAGAGAAAGAAUGUGGCCUGGAAGUGCUACUCCGCAGCGAUGAUACUACGUACUUUGCCACUGGAGGAGAAGAUACAACCCUUCGACUACAUGCUCUCAGCUCUUAUAGGAAUAAACAAUUGAAGACAUUUAGUGUGAUACGCAGCCAUAUCUCAAAUGUAAGAACCAUGUGUUGCAUUGAGAAUAUGAAUGAAAAAGUACCCAGUUGUGAAGAGGGUACCUCCAAAUGGAUAGUAACUGCUGGUGGCCGAGCCCAGUUAAAAAUCUGGAAAAUGUUUUAUCUCCAUUCAGGUAGUGACAGGGAGAAAAAAGACCCUCCUAACAUCUGUUGCCGCGAAGUUACAUCACACAUGUUGAGGACUGGUUCAAACAAAACAUGGAAGAGCCAGGAAAUGACUUUUGAUCCAGAGACACGUUAUAUGGAAGCAAAAGCUUUCUGGGUGUCGGGAGAAAAAGCAUUGAUUAUAUUGGCAUCUUCAGAUGGAUUCGUAAGGUUCUUUGAAUUCGACAAUCAUCUGGAGCAAAUAAGACUAUUACACUCACAGGCUUGGGAUCAUUGCCUGUUAAAGUUAACAACAUCACUUGUGUGUGACAAUUACAUACUUGUUUCUGGAGCUACUGAUGGCUUCCUAGUGUUUUGGAAUAUCCAGCCCAUCCUUGACUACAUUGCUAACAAGUCUGAUGAUUAUGAUGACUGUCACCCUGUACCUGAAAUGAGUAAAGUAGAUAGCAUCAAGGCCCAUCAGUCAGGCAUCAACAGUAUUGCAAUUACUUCUGAAAUGAAUUUAAGUGGUGAUUUCAAUCCUAACAGUCUCAUCAUAGCAAGUGGGGGCGAUGAUAACAAAAUUGCACUGUGGAAAAUAACUGGACAUUUUACUGAGGAUAAAAGAUUGAAUUUUCAUACAAACCAUGUCUGUGAAGUUCAUGGACAUGCGUCACAGGUUACAGGUCUACUCUGGCUCACACCACGUCACCUGAUAAGUACCUCCAUUGAUCAGCGGGUAAUAAUAUGGAAGAUCCAAGAGUGUGACAAACAAGAUAACUGCCAGUUGAGUUCAUAUCCAAAUCAUGAUGAAGUGGAAUCAGAAAGCAAGCAAAACUCUUUUACUGCUGAUGGCUUGGUAUCUGUAAAGUUGGAAGCUGUGUCUGCACAUUUCUCAGGAGUUCCUGAUGUGAAAGGCUUAAUUGUUAGCAACAUCAGCAAGCACACAACACAGAGCAAAAAUUACCCAGCAGGAGAUAAUGUCUAUUUGUAUAGACUGUUUAUUUAUGGAGUGGGGCUGCAAGUGUAUGAUGUUGAAAUAAAUGGGGCUAACUAA